AUGAGUUGUAGAUUGACCGUAACACCUCACCGACGACCGACCCGACGGACGUACCGUCACGUACGAGCCAUUCGUGGUCAUCUCAUAGCCAUGGACAGACAUCAGCUUCACAGCCAAGAAAAGGCAAUCAUAUACAACGUAAACAGGUAUUUUCUAGAUGAAAAGGCGAAUGGAGGGCCUAUGUUAUCCUACAAAAAAGCUCUCGCUCGGACAGCUGCUGCAACGGGUUUCAGCGAGAGUACAGUGAAGAGAAUCUGCAGCAAAUUAAAUGAAGAAUGGUGGAGAGACUCUGAGCACAAACAACCUGUAUUUUCGUCACCGAAAAAAUCUCGCCCCGCAACCGUCACUGCGUUGGAUGAUUCGGACAUACGCGUCAUUAGAAGGACAGUUCUGUCCUUUUAUGAAAGAAAGGAAAUUCCGACUGUGGACUUGAUCAAAGAGGAAUUAAAAGAAAGAAUAUCUUUUAAUGGCUGUCGUGAAUCCCUUCGUAAAGUUCUCAAGAAGGCAGGAUUCAGAUUUAGGAGGGCCGAUGGGCGCAAAGUUCUCUGGGAAAGGCGAGAUGUGACUGUAGCGAGGUCAAGAUUUUUGAGAGAGAUGAAGAGUCUCAAGGAGUCAGGGAAGAAAUUCGUGUAUCUCGACGAAUCUUGGGUCAAUCAAAAUUACUCCGUUAAAGGAAGCCGUCUGAUCAUUCUACACGCAGGAACAGAAGAUGGUUUUGUCCACAAUGCAGAACUGGUUUUUCAAACUGGGAAUGAUGGGGACUACCAUAAAAAGAUGAAUGCUGAAGUUUUUGAAAAAUGGUUUAGGAAUCAGUUGCUACCCAACAUCCCUCCCAACUGUGUAAUCGUUAUGGACAAUGCACCAUACCGUUCUGUGCAACAGAAAAAGUAUCCAAACUUAUCUUGGAAGAAAGAAGACAUAAAGCAUUGGUUGAUAGAGAAUGGCGAUCAGCCAAGUGAUGAUUUGCUGAAAUUGGAGCUGUGUGAACUCGCUAAGCGACAUAGUGAUAACGAGGGAAAACAGUAUCGGAUCGACGAAAUUGCAGCAGAAGCAGGGCAUAAGAUAGUGCGUCUACCACCGCACCAUUGUCACUACAACCCUUUUGAGCUCAUAUGGGCUCAAGUGAAGUCUUUUGUAGCCAACAAUAAUACGUUCAGUGUUGCAGACCUUAAAAUUUUAGCGCAAGAAGCACUGAAUAGUGUCACGGCGGAAAACUGGAAGGCUGCAGUGGGGCACGUAGAGAAAAUACAAGAAGAGGAUGCCCAGCAAGAUGUGGCUGUAGACAAGUUGGUUGACACUUUUAUCGUCAACAUGCUUGAUAGUUCCGAAGACGAGUUAUCUGAAUAA